AAGCAAAGGCAACCCUUCCUUUCUUAUCUCCCUGUGCCCUUCACUACCUUUCUUUUUCCUAUUUAUUAGCAGCACCUCCUCAGUCUCUCUCCCAGUCUCACCUUCCAAAGCUAAGCUCAAGUUGUAUAGUGACAAACUCACACAAACACACACACACACACACACAGAUAGAAGAGAGAGAGAGAGAGAGAGAGAGAUGAAGGAGCUGAGAGAGUUGGUUCACUUGUUUGCAUGCGCCUUCCUCUUCUACUUCGCUGCUUUCAUGGUGAUUCCGUCGAUAACCGACAUAACGAUGGAGGCGUUGUGCCCCGGUAGGGUUCAAUGCUCGCUGGCGGUCUAUCUCAGUGGCUUACAACAAGUGAUAACAGGGUUGGGAACUCUCAUAGUAACUCCUUUGAUUGGCAAUCUAUCUGACAGAUAUGGCAGGAAAGCCUUGCUGACCCUUCCUAUGAUAAUUGCUAUUAUUCCCUUAGCUAUAUUGGCUUAUGAUCGUUCGAGAGCUUAUUUCUAUGCUUACUACGUCAUCAAGAUGUUUACUGGAAUGUUUUGCGAAGGCAGCAUGCAAUGUCUUUCACUUGCAUACGUGGCGGACAAGGUCGGCGAGCGGCGGCGAGCGGCGGCGUUCGGCGUGUUCUCCGGCGUCUCUUGCGCCGGAUUUGUCUCCGGCACCGUCGCCGCCCGCUUCCUCUCCACCUCCUCCACCUUCCAGGUUUCUGCCACCGUCGCCGUCAUCGCGGCGGCCUAUAUGAGGCUUUUCCUGGUCGAGACGGACCGUGGAGCGGCCGGCGGCGGCGAGGAGGAGGAGGAGGCCUCCCUGCCCCUCUGUUCCUCUUCGUCUUCGGACAGCGGCUCGUCUCCAAAACUGCCGGCCCUGCGGAAGUUUCCGUCUCUGGAGGACAUGAUCGGCCUUCUGCGGAGCAGCUUGACCUUGUCAAGAGCAGCAGUUGUUGUAUUUUUCAACAGUUUUGCUGAAAGCGGCGUUCAGUGUGCAUUAUUGUACUUCCUAAAAGCACAGUUUCAGUUCAGCAAAGAUCAAUUUGCUGAUCUGUUGCUGAUCGGCGGGAUUGCAGGAGCUUUCUCACAGCUAGUCCUGAUGCACUUAUUAAUUCCUACUUUGGAUGAGGAGAAACUCCUUAACAUCGGGCUCCUAGCAAGCUGUGCACAUAUAUUUCUUUACAGCAUUGCAUGGUCAUAUUGGGUUCCUUAUCUAGCUGCUAUAUUUAUACUUCUGAGUGUUUUCAUCCAACCAUGUAUAAGGAGCAUUAUAUCCAAAAAAGUUGGACCAAGUGAGCAGGGAAUGGCCCAAGGAUGUAUAACUGGCAUCGGUUCAUUUGCUACAAUUAUGUCUCCAUUACUUUUCACUCCUCUAACAGCUUGGUUCCUGUCAGAGGAUGCACCAUUUAAGUUCAAAGGCUUCAGUAUCAUGUGUGCUGGAUUUGCAUCAUUGAUAGCCUUCAUGCUCAGUAUUAUGAUGAGGGCUGCACCUCCAACUACAAGCCAGAAACUUGUGAAUGCCGUUUAUGUACAGGCCUGAUGCUCAAGAAUGUGAAUUAAACUCAGCAUCUCGUUCAGUUUUUCAUAUACUCGCGAUUGGUUGAAUGUAAGCAAGUGGCAUAUGAGAAGCAGAGAUUUUGCAAACUGCUUAUCCUAGACACUUGCAGUAUCAUUCUUGUGUGGACUUCUCUGCUGCUCUUGAGCAUAUAAUCUGACAAGUUAGAAGGCAGCUUGUCCUUGGUUUGAGGCCUCAGAUGGGGAAGGCAAGAUGCAGUCAUUUCUUGUAAUUAUGUUAAUCUAGAUGGCUGUUUUCUUUUUUUUCUCUUUGGGUUUCUAGUCUCCCUGGUGUGCCACUGCUGCUUCUUCUUUGACAUAUCCCUGUGCUGUUACAGUGAUUCAACAGGUAUGAAGCACAUCUUCUUUGUAUUCUGUAUAGAGUAUAAACCAAGCACUAACCAUCAAAAAAAUUAGUUUUCUACG